CCAGCUCAUCUCCUCGUGAUGGCAGCACCCCAGCACCCUGCCCCAGCUCUGUCCCUGCCUCCCAGCAUGUCUGGGGCAGAGGGGCUGGGCCCUGGGGGACCCAAAGGCAGUGGGACUUGUAUGGAGGAUGUCCCCUCCCUUAAAGAAAUCGAGCAGCUCCUCAACACCGGGCGGCCUUCUUGCAACCAUGUGGAUGAAGUGUGGCCUAACCUCUUCUUAGGAGACCUAGUAACAGUUCACAACAGAUUUGUUUUGUGGAAGAUGGGUGUGACCCACGUUUUAAAUGCUGCCCACGGCACCACAUACAGCCAGGGGGGCCAAGACUUCUAUGGAGCAACCAUUGCUUACUACGGUGUCCCGGCCCAUGACCUCCCAAGCUUUGACAUAAGCCAGUUCUUUUUCUCUGCUGCCCAGUUUAUCCACAACGCCUUGAACACCCCAGGAGAACAACUAUUUCCAAGAAGUGGAACAAUGAAACAAGUGUUUCUGAUAUCAGCUAAAAUUUUGGUACAUUGUGCAGUUGGAGUCAGCAGGUCAGCUGCCUUAGUCCUAGCUUAUCUCAUGAUAAAUCACCACCUCCCACUGGUUGAAGCCAUCAAAACAGUGAAGGAACAUCGCUGGAUUUCACCCAAUCGUGGCUUUCUAAAGCAUCUGCAAACUCUGGAUGUUCAGCUACGGCAAAAGAAAGGCUCAGAAAAGGCCUCUCAGAAAGGCUGCUGAGAGGGCAAACCAGUUUACAUUCCCACCUCUGAGUUUCAGCCUCUACAGCCAUUGUACAGAUGUUGGAAAAAAAUGAAGAAAAUUUAACAUCAAAGAAAAAAAAAAAGUCAACAGAACUAUAAAUUGAUUAACUCUGAUAGCCCAGCUCCUCCUCCAAGAGCAGCACAACCAACAUCAGCACUGUGUGCUGCAGAGCUGCUGGUUUGUGCUGAGGCCAGAGGCAAGUUCAAUAAUUCCAUCUAGCUGCACAGGAUGUUUGAGUCCCCUUUCCUUGGGAAUGGAACAUAACCAGCUUCCUCAGUUUGAUUCCAGU